AGGAGACACGCCAGAUGAAUACCCCCUCCUCUUCUCUUUCUCUCCCCAUCACUCAUGCAAAUCUUUACAGUUAAAAAAAAAAGCAGCUGUUGCAAAAAGGUAAGACCACUUCAAAUCAAGCAUCUGUUCCCUGGUCAGACCUGCACUCUGCUGGUGGGAGACCUUCCCCCAGAAACCUCUUGCUCCAUCAACCCCAGGCGGAUGUACCACUAUGAAUAAUGUAACAGGGAGGGGUGGAGGCCACUGGGCGUGUGUGCAUACAGGGAAAAAGGUGGGGGUAGUUCCUCCUCCUGCUUCUCCUUCACCACCCCCCUUCUCUUUCCAUUCUCCUCCCCUACUCACCCAACCCCCGAGCUGCUGGCUGCACUGCAGAAGGUCAGAGAGAGAGAGAGGAGGAAGAGGAGAGAGGCACAGACAGCAGAGAGGCAGAGAGAGGGGUGGGGUGCGUGGAUGUACAUGAACAUGCCGACAGGAGAGUGUGCGGACGAGCGAUGACAGCAAUGCUGAGCCCAAAGAUCAGACAGACCAGGAGAGCCAGGUCCAAGAGCAUGGUGAUGGGCGAGGUGUCCCGGGGCUCAUGCCGGCCGGCCUCACCCAGCCUCCAGGAGGGGGCCCUGAAGGCUGGCUGGCUGAAGAAACAGCGCAGCAUCAUGAAGAACUGGCAGCUGCGAUGGUUUGUGCUGCGCUCGGAUCAGCUGUACUUCUACAAAGAUGAGGAAGAAACCAAACCACAGGGCUGUAUUCCUCUUCAGGGCUGCCAGGUGAAUGAACUCACAGCGAACCCGGACGAACCAGGAAGACACCUCUUUGAGAUUGUACCAGGUGGAAUAGGAGAGAAGGACCGGGCACCAAUCAGUCAUGAAUCCUUCUUGCUCAUGGCAAACUCCCAGACAGACAUGGAUGACUGGGUCAAGGCCAUACGACGAGUCAUCUGGGCGCCGUUUGGAGGAGGGAUAUUUGGCCAGCGUCUAGAGGACACGGUGCAGUAUGAGAAGAAGUUUGGCCCCCGACUGGCCCCUCUGCUGGUGGAGCAGUGUGUGGACUUCAUCAGGGAGCGGGGUCUAGAUGAGGAGGGUCUCUUCAGGAUGCCAGGUCAGGCCAACCUGGUCAAAGAUCUGCAAGAGGCCUUUGACUGCGGUGACAAGCCUCUGUUCGACAGUAACACAGACAUCCACACGGUGGCAUCCUUGCUGAAGCUGUACCUGCGGGAGCUGCCUGAACCAGUCAUUCCCUUCUCCAAAUAUGAAGACUUUCUAACCUGUGCACAGCUUUUGGCCAAAGAUGAGGAGGAGGGGGUCCAGGAGCUUGGAAAUCAAGUUAGCACUCUACCUCUACCUAACUUCAAUCUCCUCAAGUACAUAUGCAAAUUCCUUGAUGAGGUCCAGUCCCACUGUACUGAGAACAAGAUGAGUGUCCAAAACCUCGCCACAGUAUUUGGACCAAAUAUCCUUCGACCCAAGAUGGAGGACCCAGUCACCAUCAUGGAAGGCACCUCUCUGGUCCAGCACCUGAUGACAAUCCUCAUUAGGGAACACAACCGUUUGUACUCAGGGAGGGACCAGGAGGGACUCACCAUACCUCAAAUAGAACUCCCCAUCCAGGGGCAUCAGCUGCAACAUCGUAGCCUGGGAGCCUGGAUCUCUGAGGAGGACCUUCAGAGUUGCCCAGUCUCCAACCCCGACCAAGAGCUACACAGCAGUGCCUCGUCCCUGGACGCCAAACUGUGUGCGGCAGUCACACCCACCCAAAGCCCGAACCCAAACCCUGGACCAAAACUGGGGUCUUCGUCAGGGAAGGGCGAGACGGUGGUCAGCCCGAGCAAACAAGCCAAGACCAUUCCUUCCUGGAAGUACUCAUUCAAAAGCUCCUCAGCGCCGCGUUCUCAGCCACAAGCCAAGCAAAGCAGCGGCUCCGUGGCAGAUACAACUAGUGUAUCUUCUGGUGGGGGAGGAGGUGGUGGUGGUGGUGGUGGUGGUAACUGGCUCAUGAAUGGUUUGUCAUCCUUGAGGGGACACCGGCGCACAUCCUCAGGCGAGCGGUCCGCCCGUGACCGCGACUCCACUGGCUCUUCGCAAAGAUUGUCCACCUACGACAAUGUCACCUCCUCCUCCAGCAUGGGGAGCGUACCGAGCGUAUCCAGCGCCCCAUGGUCCACCUCCUCCUGCGAAAUCUCUGUUCCAGACUCGGCGAGCGAGCCUUCAGCGAACCAAAACUGUGGAGAGAGUGAGGAUAAGGGGGAUUGGAUGGAGAGCCAGCGGGAGAUCGACAGAGGGAGGGAUGGAGGGAUGAUAACGGACCCGAGCUCUGAGCAGGACAGUUGCGAGGCCAUGGAGCUGUGCAGCAGCAGUGCGGCCUGCAGCGAGAAUGGAAACACGGUUGCGGCAACUGGCGUGCCCUCCAUUAUCAUGUCUGAGGAUGGGGACGAGGUAAAUUUAACCCUGAGCAGUCUGGUGGAAGGACUGAAGGACGAGCUGAGGAAACAGAAGACUUCCUACGAGGCAAGGAUACAAAAGCUAGAAGAGUCCAGCGCUGCUCUGUGUGCACAGAUGGAGCGUUUGGAACAAGAGAUGGAGCAGGAAAGGAAGAAGCAACGCAUGCUGGAGAUCAAACUGCGAAACUCAGAACGGGCAAGAGAGGAUGCGGAGAACCGCAACCGGCUCCUGGAGAAGGAGAUGGAGGAUUUCUUUUCCACGCUGGGAGAUCUGGCCCUGGGUGCGAGGACUAGCGACAUUUGAUACGUCAGGGCCACUCAUCGGUCUCUCGGCCAAAACUGUGGCCGUCAUCAGGGUUUAUAUUUUGGACGCUGAGUGUUUUUUUUUUUAACGCCUUCCUCAGAGCAUCAGGGCGUUCCUUUAAAAGAAGAACACAGCAAGAGAAUAAUGGAACUGGCCAUAUUUGAUUACAAACUCAGAUGGAAGAGGACAUUCUGAAGGAAGUAAUAUCAAACUGGGACUGACUGUGCAGUCCUUGUCAGCUGGUGCUCCUGUGAUCACACUCCAGGGUAAUGUAUGUAAAGGUAAAGGCAGUAUUUUAACAGCUUGGAAUCAUAUGUGACUGGUGGAACUUCAUGACAUUCUCUGACCUGGAGAGCACUGACCUCUGAAACCACAACAUGAAAAACCACUACAAGGCAACACUUCAAGCCGAAACUUUAAGAUUGAUUAAAAUGCGUCUUAAUCUGAUACUUAUCUUGAAAUUAGAUGUUUUUUAUUUGGGCCAUACUGAAGAAAAAAAAUGAUAUUUUGAGGAUUAAGAAUGAAUUAGUAAUUUAGAGGCCUUUUUUCUAAAUAAGUCACAACUUAUUUAGAAAAAAGGCCUAAUAUUAUGAGAAUAAUUUAUUGAGGAAAUAAGCAUCAGGUUUAAUUCAUGAGCGCUACAACUUAAUUCUUUAAUUAGUGCAACCUUUUUCAUGUAAAAUUGCAAUUUUGUUCUCGUAAAAUGUCCUCCUUAUUUACAACUUUAUUCUUCUAAUAUAAUGCCUUCAUUCUAAAGAUCUCAAGAUGUUUAAUUUCCCUUUAAGUGGCCCAAAUACUCCAUCACAGUUUUGGGAUAUGGUUUUAUUCACAUGUUCAUUACCCUGAAGUGGUAGCUAACCACUGGCUGGGUUUGAAGAUACAGAAGUAGGUUUAUUUUAAAAGGUGCUGUGCGUUAUACAGAGUAACAAACGGUUAACUGUUUCUGGACUUAUAAUUGGAAUAAGCACCAGAAAUGAAAGUUGAAAGGUUUACAUUUAUUGGGCUGAUAUCUCUAAAGCUAUUAGCAUGGCUAGAGGGUUUGUGUGAUUUGAGUGAACUUUAAUAACAGCUUUAGCAGAGGUUGUUUAUCCUGCUGUCCUGUAUUUGUGCUGCAAACACAUGAGGCUGUUUUACUGUGGAGCAGGUUCAGAAAUCCAGGUUUUCUAGGUUAUUCUGUUUGGUCACUCAACCAAUCUGAAGCAGUAGUAGGUGGAACCUCUAAAGUUGCCUCUUCAGUGCCUCUCGUCACCAUCUACAUGGUUUCCAUGUCCCUUUGAUGGCAAAGCCUCAGUCUUCGGUUGACUCCGAACCUCACAGAUGUCAAUAUACCUUUAAUGUGCAGAAAAACACAACAGGGAUGAUGAACACAUUUUCCUUAAGAAUGUUCAACUUAGCGCAUGCUGCCUCAGUGUGGCCCAGUUGGUGAAGACCAUUAACGGUGCACAGUCAAUACCAAAGCUGGACCGCCUCAGCUGUUCGCUCACUAAAGAUCAGAAUGGCCUGCCUGGAAGACAUGUUGAUUUUGGCACAUGAAGCUGAACACUGCCCUCAAAAAAACAAUGGAAUUUCCUGGUUGUGCCUUCAGGAAAGUGUUUUGAAAUAGGAAAACGGUAGUGUUGCUUGCUUGUCCAGAGAUGUAGUGCAUAUAUUGGCCCAUAGUACACACAGUGGCGGCAUUGUUGUUUCUUUUUAUAUAUAUAUAUAUGGCGACAAACUGCUGAAGAUGAAUACCUUGAUCUCCCCAGAAGGUGCCAAUUCUUGUGGAAGUGAAUUGUGAAUUGAAUGGAAGUUUUGAAUCGAGAAUGUAUACUUGUAGUGAAUGUAACGUGUUGUCGAUGAAACCAGCCCAAUGAAAAAAGAAAAAGGAAACGAUGGGGCAAACGGGGGGGGGGGGGGUGCA